AGGAAUUGGGGUGCCCGCUCGGGGGGCAGCGAGGCCCUCCAAAGGCGGGACGGAUGCGUCGCUCCUGUGCGUAAUUCCAGCGAGUUUCCGAGGGGGCGAGGCAGUCUGGGGAAGGGGGCGCUCUUCUCGGAGCGGGCCUGGCGCUUCUGCAAGUGCGAAGCGGCGCCCCGGAGCAGCCAAGGUGGCGUGCGAGCGAGCAGGCGUUUCUCUGCCCCGAGUUGCUGCGGCUUCUCUUUGCUGGGGAAGUUUCUGACUGAAAAGUUAGAAGGGGGGGGGUGGAGAGACGCCGCGGCUUCCUCACCCCCCAGCCUGGCGCUCUCCAGGGUGGGGAGGGUGGCAUGGAUUGCUGGAGAAUGGGAGUUGUAGUUCAUCAGUGCAGCACUGCCCCACACUUGGAGGGCGCUAGGCUAGGCUUAGGGGAAAGCUGCAGUCUGGGAUUGUUCGCGUUUUAUUCUCCCGCUGUUGUGCGUCUUAACUGGAGCUAGAAACUGGAGACGUGGACAGAGAGCUUCCGCUAUUGGGUGGUAUAGACAACAACCAACCAUUGUUGCUGGGGAAAUUUAGUUCCCCUCACAAGCUACACUUCAGAGAAUCACAGAGGGAACACGGAAGUUCGACGGAGUGACUGAUGUUGUCAGCAUUCCUGCUGGCAAAAAGCGCCAGAACUGCAUGCCUGGGAGUUCAGGCUCUGCUACGCCACUGCACAGUAGACUUACCAAAAUGCCUGUCUUCUUCGUCCUCUCGGUGCCAGCAAGACGUAGCAGCCAAGAUCGAGCAAACGCACAACCUGACCAUUCUCGUGCACGAAGGCUCGGAAAAGCUGCUCACUACCUAUGUGCGGUACCAAGGGGAGCCCUUUGGGAGUGCCGAUUUUAACCCUCCCAUCCAGUCCUUCGAAGGACUGCCACUGCCGCCCCCUUCCACCGCGGUUUGGCAGGACCUUAGCGAUGCCGAGCGGUUGCAGCGGAACGCCACGGUCUUCUCCAACUUCCCGGAGUUCCUAACGGCCGCCAAGAACCAACAGGCCGGCCUGAGCCCAGCGGCCAAAGAGCUGCAUCACCAGUUUGACCGGGCGUCUGUGCAGUGCCUCGGCCUGGCGAGCAACCUGCAGUCCAUCAUGGCCUCCCUUGACAUCCCGCCCGGUCCAGCCAUGCCUGUCCAGGUCCCGAAGACCGACAGCGCCUUCCUCAUGAAGCUCACGGGCUACAGCAUCUGCCGGCUCUACGAGGGCUGGGCCAGCUCCUGCCAAAGCGACAUGGCCGCGCUGGCUGCCAAGUACCCCGUCUGCACUGGACCCAUCUGACUCGCUCUCGAGCAUCCGUCUGCAGCCAGUGGCAGUGGGGGCCAGCGCGUCAUAUGCGCACCCCCUCCCCCGCCGUUCCUGCCAGUUUUGUGUGUGGGGAGGGAAAACACAAAGGUGUUUUUUUUUCCCUCUAUCCAGCAACAGGCUGAAGGGGGAAAAAAUGCCCUUGUGGAAAAGGCCUUUUUCUCCAAAUUUGCACCCCCACCAGGGUAACAAACUAUUUAUCUCCUUUAUCUUCUUGUAUUUUCUUCCUUUUAAAUUCAAGUAUAUGGAGAGGGGGAAAUGUUUUGUGGGGGUGCAGAGGUGGUCCCAACUUUUGGCAGGGCCUGGCAGCCGAGUUGUGAGAUGAGAGUAUUGGAAGAGGAGGGUAGCCAUUUUGGAAAGGGUGCUUGCCCUCUCCCAUGGCAACCAUUUUAAUCAGGGGGCCUUUUCCUCUGAUUGAGGAAGCGGCGAAGAGGAGGAGAAACCAGCUUAAUUUCUAAAAUGAUGUGCAGAGUCAAGCAGUGUACCAAGAUGUCUGAUCUCAGCCUGCCAGAAGUGUUCAAACUGGUUUUGGUUUCCUAAAGCAAAACAGUCUUUCUUCCACACGACACCCAACUGGCCCUCAGUUUUCAAAGACUUGUGCUACUUCCUUUCUGUUCACUUACCCAAGAGGCUUGGGGCUGGGGAGCACGAGAAAGCUGCCAUUUUUUCUGACAUAGCCUGUGUGUGGCUGACACAGAAAUUCAACAGGUGGAGCCACUCCUGUCUUGGAAAUAAUUACAAGGGAAGCAUAGAUCUCACUGAAUGUCCACCUUCUCGGCUUGCUAAAGCUGCAGAGCCUGUGUUGGGAUGGGGAAGGGUGAAUAGGAUCAUAUGCCCAGGGAGCCCUGUGAUUCUGCUUCCGUUUGCUUUGAACCCCACUCCUAGGCUCUGGGGACACACAUCCAUAGGCUCUUUCACCCCCCCCCCCACCAGCACUGGGCUAAUUCUCACAGAAUCGCCCACCUGUCAAAGGGGGACCUUGGUGCCCCAGUAGCCUGUUUUCCCAUCACAAUCCCUGACACCACCCCACUCCCAAUUCCAGUAUGGCAAGAGCGUCUAACCCUUUCAUCUGUAUAGCCCCUAUUUCUUUGACACUGGCCUUCAGUUUGAUUUUUCCAUUGGGCAUAGUGCUUUCCUAGAGAUGUUUGUUUCUACCUACUGUGCGCUUUGUUUUAUAUUAAUAUAUAUAUAUAAAUAUAAAGUGGUAAGAUAAUUAUACUAAUAUUAAAUAAACUAUUUUUAGUAGAA